AUGAAGUUUGUUGGAAGAGAAGAAAUGCGGAGUUGCAGAUCGAGAUGGGGAGGUUGGGAACAGAAUUAAUGCGGGAUGCUGGAAACAUUUACUGGCUACUGAAAUUGAAGAUGGAGAUCAGAAGCGCACAGAAGCAGAUUCGUGAUAAGAACAACAGCCAUUGGGCUUACUGCUACACUUUGCUCCACUCUGUCGGUCCCAGUUUCGCCAUGGUUAUUCAGUUGCUCAACACUGAGCUUCUCGAUGCUGUAGCCAUAUUUUACCUGGUUCUCCGAGCUCUUGACACUGUUGAGGAUGAUACAAGCAUACCAAUAGAGGAAAAAGUACCAAUUUUGAAAGACUUUCACCGUCACAUGUACGACCACAAAUGGCAGUUUUCAUGUGGUACAGACUGCAGAAUUCUUAUGGAGCAAUUUCAUCAUGUCCGUGCUGCUCUCCUCGACCUCAAAAAAUGUCAUCAAGAGACUAUAGAGGAUAUCACAGAAAAAAUGGGUGCAGGAAUGGCAAAAUUUAUUUGCAAGGAGGUAGAAACAAUUGAUGACUAUGAUGAAUAUGCAAGCUGUGCUUCCGGACUUGUUGGAUUAGGAUUGUCCAAGAUUUUUCAUGAUGCGGGAUUGGAAGAUCUGGCAACAGAGUCUCUCUCCAUUUCAGCUGGUCGAUUUAUUCAGAAAACAAAUAUCAUCAGAGAUUAUCUAGAAGAUAUUAAUGAAAUACCCAAGUCGCGUAUGUUUUGGCCCCGCCAGAUUUGGAGUAAAUACGUCAAGAAACUUGAGGACCUGAAAUAUGAAGAAAACUCUAGUAAAUCACUACAGUGCUUGAAUGAAAUGAUUACAAAUGCUCUACCACAUGUACCAGAUUGCCUCAGGUACAUGACUGGUUUGCAGGACAACGCUAUUCUUCGAUUUGUCGCAAUUCCCCAGGUGAUAACAAUGGGAACGCUUGCUUUGAGCUACAACAAUAUUAAUGUAUUCAGAUGUGGGGUGAAAUUGCAACGUGGCCUUGUUGCUAGAAUUUUUUUUCAGACAAGAACAAAAGCUGAUGUAUAUAAGGCGUUCUUUGAAUUCUCUAAUUUGAUAAAAUCUAAGGUUCAGGACAACGAUCCUAAUGCCAUGAAGACAUUGACUUCGAUAGAAGCAAUACAAAAGAUCUGCAGGAAAUCUGGAUAUUUAGGCAAGAGGAGUUACAGAGAAUAUACUCCAACUCUGAUUAUUGCAUUCUCCGUUAUAAUACUUUGUCAUUUUAUAUAUUUAUCCACCACUCAACCUAACAACUAAGAGAGUGGAGCGGAAAGAGUUUUAAUUGUACGAGUAAAAAGUUUAAAAGGCAAGGAACAAAAAUGUCCCAUCCACCUGACAGUUCUUAGUAAUCAUAUUACGCCUAGCUUGUAUACAAUAUUCAUGUUGUCUUAUCCAAUCUUAAAAUAUACUUGUAUGUACGUGUCCAUGUCUGUAUACAGUAUGUAUUCACACACACAUUAUAUAUGUCUGUGUAUGUAUUUAUGUACUCUGAGCCUGAACUUUAACAAGCUA